AGCAGGUUGUGCUGGGUUGCUGGGAGACGGUGACGGUGCUGGUGCUGGUAUUGCUUCUUCUCCCUUCCUUUCUCUCUGGCUGGCUAUGGGCCCCUCUGGUAUCAUCUGUCAUAUCUUCGGUGUCGUAUGCUUUCUCCGCUGGCUUUCUGCUGUCUCCGCUUUGCAAGAUGUCACAGCCGAGUUGUUCGGGUCGGAAGCCUGGGGAACCGUGGCCGCAUUUGGAGACUUUAACGCAGACAAACAGACCGACGUUUUUCUCAUCAGAUCUAACAAUCGAUUGGUAAUCUUGUUGGCUGAUGUAAAAGCACCGUAUUAUAAGCCAAAACCCAAAGUGGUGCUGCAGCAAAGUGACCUGGUGAUUACUAGUGUGGUACCAGGAGACUAUGAUGGGGACUCACAAAUGGAUGUCCUACUUACCCUUCGUUCUAAGGAUCGCAGUGACAACACCAGCAUUGUUAUCUUCUGGGGAAAUAAUCAAACACUGGAUUCAAAACUUUUUACCAGUUUACAGCACAGCUUUUUGGAUGAACCACUAGUACUCGAAAAUCAAACAUGGUAUUCUGCAUUGGAUUCAGACAUUCAAAUGUAUAUACCUCAUUCUCAUGCUUUUAUUGACCUUAAUAAAGACUUCACUGCAGACUUAUUUCUUACCACGAAAGAGCCUGAUGGAAUUCGUUUUGAAAUAUGGGAAAACAAGGAUGGAAAUUUCUCAAAAGCUCCUGCCUCAUAUGACAUCUCAAAGCCUCCUAAUACCAAGAAAAUUGGGCAAUCGGUUUUUGCUGAUUUUGAUGGGGAUGGACAGCAGGAACAUUUAUUGCCUGCCUGUGCAGAUGAAGAUUGCCAUGAAGGCAUCAUUUAUCGGAACAUGCCAGGAUCUGACCAGUGGAUACCAGUAUUGUCAAAUCUGAAGAAUGGCAACACUGUUUGGGGAUUUAAUUCACAAGAUUCAACACCACAGCAGCCAUUUCCAUUUCCAAUCUCAAUUCAUUUAGGGGACUACAACAUGGAUGGCUUCCCUGAUGCAUUGGCAAUACUGAAGAACAUUUCAGGCAGCAACACGCAAGCUUUCUUACUGGAAAAUGUUCCAUGCAAUGAUGCAAGCUGCAGGCCGGUGGGUCGAAUGUUCAAGGUUCUUUGGGAGCUGUCCGAUUUAAAUGAAAUUAAAAAUGCCGUUGUGGCAACCUUCUUUGACAUUUAUGAAGAUGGUAUCUUGGACUUGCUUGUAUUAAACAAAAAUAAGGAAAAAUCAGAGUUCACCAUCCAUGCUUUGCGAAAUAACUUUGAUGCUGAUGCUUACUUUGUGAAAGUCAUUGUUCUCAGUGGAUUGUGUUCCAAUGAUUGCCCACAUCAGGUCACUCCAUUUGGGGUGAAUCAGCCUGGGCCAUACAUCAUGUACACAACUGCAGAUGCAAAUGGAUACCUUAAAAAUGCAUCAGCGGGACAACUCAGCCAAUCAGCACAUUUUGCUCUUCAGCUGCCCUAUGUAGUACUUGGCCUAGGACGUAGUGCAAACUUUCUCGACCAUCUUUAUGUUGGCAUUCCUCGACCUCAAGGAGAAAAGUCUGUAAGAAAACAAGAAUGGACAGCUAUUAUUCCAAAUUCUCAACUUAUAGUAAUUCCUUAUCCUCAUAACACACCAAAAAGCUGGAGUGCCAAGUUAUAUUUAACCCCAAGUAAUAUUGUACUACUUACAGCCAUAGCAUUAAUCGGAGUCUGUGUUUUCAUUUUGGCUAUAAUUGGAAUUUUACACUGGCAAGAGAAGAAGGCAGAUGACAGAGAGAAACGCCAAGAAGCACACAGAUUUCAUUUUGAUGCCAUGUGAAAUGUGGUGGUUUAUAAGAGACAAAUGCUAAGUGUUAGAUCUCAAAUACAACUUAUAGCAAAAAAGAUGACUGUUUAAUGUUCAAUUGUACAUAGUCUAACUGCUUCCCGGAUUUUCUUAAGUCUAAUUUAUGGUUUCUGGGCAGUGAUUGCAAAAUAACUUGAGCUGUAUAUUUUGGGGAGUUAAGAAUCACUGAAAAAUAAAUUAUGCACUUCAUUGUGCCACUGCAUGCGUUUUCAAAAGUUUGUUUUCUAAACAUGGUGUAUCUUUCUGAUGUUAUUAAUGUGGCUCACCAGCCGUGAAAUGUCUAAAAUAAAUGGUCUCUGUGGAAAAACA